UCAAAUCUUAACUAUAGAGUAUAAUCUAUAAGCAUAAACGAUUAAUGAGUUUUGACUAGCGUCGAAAGCCGUGGACUAGACCAGGACAUUACAAAUAGAGUGAAGUUCGAUUAUAAGUAAUAAAUCGAAAAAGGUUAAAUCUUGCAAAGUUCAAUUUAUUGACUAUGAAAAUGGCAGGAUUAGAGUCAAUGGUUGUAGAGGAGGUUAGACCGGCAGAGAAGCCAGUUGACAGAGAGAAGACAUGUCCAUUAUUGCUACGCGUCUUUUGCUCUACUGGAAGACACAACUCGCCCGGUGAUUACGCUCGAGGUAAUGUUCCCCAAAACGAGUUACAAAUUUACACAUGGAUGGACGCCACUUUACGUGAACUUACUGGAUUAGUCAAGGAAGUGAAUCCUGAAACAAGGCGUAAGGGAACGUACUUUGAUUUUGCAAUAGUAUACCCAGAUAUGCGAUCACCUACGUAUAGGAUGAGAGAAAUUGGUGUAACUUGUUCUGGUCAACGUGGCGGUGAUGACAAUAAGACACUUUCCCAAGUUAAAUUUCAAAUUGGAAAUUAUUUAGAUAUAUCAAUAACUCCCCCAAAUAGAAUGCCACCUCCUAUGCGAAGACCACAGCCAUAUGUUAAUAAUCGUCCCUAUUAACAGUAGAUUAGGUGUUUAGUCUAAGCUAUCAGAAGUAAUAAAAUGUUUUAUAUUUUA